CGAACCGAGUGAGUAUGGCCAACCAUUUUGAGAUGAGUAUCAGAUUCGGAUGAAAACAAUGGAGAAGCUUAUUUCAAGCAGGUACAAGGAAAGACCCUUGCCUGAGACUUACAUAUUCCCACCUGAUGCAAGACCAGGGAAGCUUGCCGUUCCUUUGUGCAACAACAUUCCAGUGAUCGAUUUGGGUGGUGGAGCAGAAGAAGCUUCUGAAUCUGAUGACCGAAGAACCUAUAUAGUUGAGCAAAUACUCAAGGCUAGCCAAGAAUUUGGAUUUUUUCAGGUAAUUAAUCAUGGCAUAUCAGAACAUUUGUUGAGUGAGACAAUGGGUGUGUUCAAGGAGUUUUUUGAAGAGUUGCCUGCAGAGGACAAAGCAAGCCUCUACUCUGAGGACCCCAACAAAAGCUGCAGGCUCUUCACCAGCAGUAGCACUGGAAAUUAUGAUGGGGAAGAUGUUCAUAUCUGGCGUGACUGCCUAAAACACCCUUGCCAUCCUCUUGAGGAAUGCAAACAUGUUUGGCCUCAAAAACCAAUUAGAUAUGGAGAGCUUGUUGGGGCAUGUUCCACACAAGUGAGGGAACUGGCUUCGAAUAUUUUGGAGCUAAUCGGCGAAGGACUUGGUGUUGGAGCUGGGUAUUUUAGGGAUGAACUAAGCCAGCAAAUGUUACUCUCAGUUAAUUAUUACCCACCUUGCGCAGAACCAAGUUUGACACUGGGAUUACCUAAACACUGUGACCCAAACCUCAUAACCAUUUUACUUCAAGGGGAUGUAAAUGGUCUUCAAGUUUUCAAGGAUGGGGAAUGGAUUGGUGUGGAGCCUCUUUCACAUGCACUUGUGGUUAAUGUAGGUUACCAGUUACAGAUUAUCAGCAAUGGCAAGUUGAAAAGUGCUGAACAUCGGGCAGUGACGAAUUCAAGUGAAGCUCGGAUUUCAGCUGGGUUUUUCGUGAUGCCUUCCAAUGACUGCCUUAUAGAACCUGCUGCAGCUCUUAUUAAUGCAAGCAAUCCCCAACUUUAUAAAGGCUUCCAAUACAAAGACUUCUUUCUCAACUUCGGUACAAAGCUAGGUAAAACCGAACAAGUACUGGAUCGCUUUAAGCUCCAAGCAAGGUUAGCUAGCUGAAUGGGUGAAAAGGAAUUUCGUGUUGUUGAGCGUUGCUCAUUUGAAUAAAUGUCCUUUUGCUCUCUGCGGAGGCAAAAAGAGAAGAUCAAGUUAUGUAUCCAAUUUACAUAUGUUAAAUUGCUCGUUUAUGUGAUAAAGCCAAUUGUUAUUAUAAUACGUUAGAUUGUUUUUAACACUGAUAGAAAACCCCAUUAUUUUUAUUCACAUCCACAA